AUGGACUUCGACAAAAUUAAGGGCAUGGAUAUUGCCGACCUGCUCCAGAUGUAUACCUCUGCGCAGGUGCAGUUUGCCGAGGCUCUUGCGAACGACAGCAUUCCAUUAGAGAUUGAGAUUGUCACUAGAUCCGUCAUAGCAGAAGCUUCCAUCAGACUCGGCGUCUAUUUAUCACGGCAGCCGCUUCUAGAAGAUGCGGUCCAGCACUUGGAUGCGCUUCUGCGCCGCGUCCCGCAGGACUCCCCAGAUCACGUCUACGUACUGAACAAACUCUGCGAGGCGGAGUACGAGCUCUACUGCUUAACUGGCUCCCAACAGCCGCUUGACAACUCGGUUACAUAUGGGCGUCAAGCCAAUGACCUGUCGGCUGCGACUGGCGGUGAAGAAAGUCUGGAUCUUCGUGUUGAUAUUCUGACCAAUCUAGGCCACUCUCUGGUUCAACGUUUCGAGUUGAGGAAGAACCCCCCCGAUCUGGAGGACUCCAUUGCUUGCAAGCGGGAGAUCUUGCGGAAGAUACACAAGGAUUCCGAGCGAUAUCUGACGACGGUUAACAAUCUUGCUUCAUCCCUGCGCUUGCGCUAUAUGUGUACACUGGAUGAAGAAAAUGAACGAGAAGCUAUGGAUCUCUUUCGAGAGCUGCUGUCAUCAGCCGAACCUGGAACAAAGCUUUACGACAUGGCCAUUGGCCAGUUGGGAGCCUCGGCUGCUAUGAAGUUUAGGGUUGAGAAAAACCCCGAAGUUUUGGAUGAAGCUAUCGCGAAUUGUAAUGUUGGUCUGGAAGUCAACGUUCCAGGACAGGAUGGGUGGCUUGAGAUGCUUUCACUUCUCGUGGAACUGUGCACGGAAAAGUUCAACUACACUGGCAAUCUGGAAGACAUGGAAACUCUUGUCCACAACUCUUGUCGCUUUUUCGAUUCUAUACCGACUAACCACCAUAAGAAGGCAGAUAAACUUUUGGCACAUCUAAAAAGAUUACGAGAGUGCGCAUUCAUGGUCAAGGAUAUGGUUGUAUUGAAAAGCAUCAGUGACAAAGGGCGCGUUGCUUUCGAGAGCAUGCCAGUUGAUUACCCAAACAAGGCACGGUCACAGCUUGAAUACUCGCAUAUCCUGGGUCACCAGUACUUUCUGUCUGGCAGUUUGCAGGAUCUCAUCUGCUUAGCAGAGUAUGCCCUGGUCGUGUCUGAGGAUUUCAACGAAAGCACCAGAGCAAGCUCAAGCUUGCAAGCCCCAGAGGUUAACGUAGACUGGUACCCCAACUUGGUCGGCAACCUGAAAGUGCUGGCUGAGGCAUCUGCUGAGAAUUCUAUGCGCCGAUUGGCCGAGGAGGAAUUGCUUGCGAGAUUCAAAUCUGAUUAUAACUUUGAGAAUCGAAACUACGCAUUCAUGGCUUUGGAUGAGCUCUAUGAGUACAACGCUACACGUUUAAUAAUUCUAGCCACAGCCGUGACAGAUGGCGUGGACUUGGUCAACGAAGAGAUUGAGAAGCAAAUAGCGGAUCUCAGCCUAGGAUACGAUGAGCCCGUGGAGGAAGAAGACGAGACAGAGAAAACAGUACGAGAGAUAUUCAACAAGUUCCCUGGUAAACGGUUGGUGAACAUCGAUCCCCGAGAUGGACACAUGGUUUUCGAUAUCCAGGAUUACGUCAAAGCUCAGUUUUUGAAUGAUGAUAGUCCUCGUACACCUGACGAACUUCUUGCUAAUGACGAAAGGCUGGAGCAAAGGCUAUUCAAGAAAGCUGGCUUGGCAGGCAGGCGAACUAAUCCUGGCCUGUGCUAUUGGUGUCAGUGGCUGUGCAGACUUUUGGACCCAGAAGAUGUAGGACUCAACUUCGUUGCCGAGGACUCCAACAUCCCUAGCAUCGGACACUGGAAGACGAUCUUGUUCCGGAAGAGUGAAUGCGCCGUCUGUAACUUGGCAGCCUCCUUGAUCACGACAGCAAAGGGCCAGCUUCACACAUACUUUGAAAAAAUAGAGGAAGGGGGAAAGCGAAUCCGUUACACGCUGGGCCGGCUAUCAGAUGGCGAGGGCGUCUUGAGAGUGGACGUUGGGCUCUCGUAUGCGGGAGAGUUGCGGCUGCUAACACCCAAAAACUUUCGUAACGCUCUUCGACAGGCAUGGGAAGAUGAUACUGACACAUCACUUGCAUUGGAAACCUUACUGGAAGACUCUGAGGGCCCCGUUCAAACCAAGGGGGGGCAGCAGAUUGAUUUCAGACUUAUGAGAAGAUGGCUGAAGGACUGUGACCACAAUCACGGCCCGAUCUGUAACCACCCGCGACCAGGAAACCGAAUCAAAACCGAAAUCCCCCUCUUUUUCAUCGAUGUCGUUAAGGAGUGCCUAGUAACUGGUACCUCUAGAGACCAAUACUUUGUACUCAGUUAUACAUGGGGCAGAGUGAACAUGCACAUGACGUUGCUGGAGAAUGUUGAGGAGAGAAGGCGACCUGGGGCGCUAUCUUCUGUUCCCUUUCCAAAGACAAUCAAGGAUGCAAUGGAUGCGACGCGAUCUCUCGGAGAACGACUACUUUGGAUCGAUGCCAUCUGCAUCGUGCAGGACGAUGCAUCACAGAAGGCAAGGGACAUUCCAAACAUGGAUAUCGUGUAUGGGAGGGCCCACGCGACUAUUGUUGCCCUGCACGGUGAUAAUGCUGAUGCAGGGCUCCCAGGGGUUUCACCUGGAUCACGCGCCUGUCAGCAGAUUGAAACAAUAGAUCUGUCUCUCUCUGACGAAAACGAGGACAACGUAUCUCAGGAGAAGAGUAACCGAAAGUGCAGAUUCGUCCGGGGUCCUAGCCCGCUCCCCUUGGCCCUGCAGGCAUCUACUUGGAACACAAGGGGGUGGAUUCUGCAGGAGCGGCUUCUAUCGAAAAGAUGUAUUUACUUUUCUGCUGACGCCUUUUACUUUGAAUGCAAUCGGGGAAUUUUGGCCGAGGGCGGGGUGAACGAAGAGUACACGUCAUUUUUCCUUGGAGAACUCUUCAAUGGCCAAGAGAUUGAGCAACGGCCAAAGCAAGACAACCCUAUAUCGGACUUGGGCAUCAUGCAUGAUCUUGAAGCUAGCCCUCGACUAUGGAAAGCUUGGGCGGUGUAUAAAGAACUGGUACAGAUGUAUAGCAAGCGCCAGUUCACUUUUAAGCCAGACAUCCUCGACGGCUUUGCCGGCAUCUUUGCUGUGCUGGACGAGCUGGUGCUGCAAGACUACGUCGAGAGCGCCACGGUGCAUGGUUUGCCAGAGAGUUUCUUCAUCCACGCACUUCUAUGGACGCCUGCUGCCAAGAUACCACGUAGGGGCCAGAAGCUCCGUACCGAAAUGAGUGGCAUGGAUAUUGGACAGCCAGAUCUGAGAUUCCCCAGUUGGUCGUGGGCGGGCUGGGACGGCUCGGUGGAUUAUAGGCUGUUUGAGGCGAUCAAAGACGACAAUGAUCGGCCUUUGCCAUUAGUACGCAAAUUCAAGCUGCAUGGCCAAGACAUCUAUCCCGAUAAGUGGAAAAAGGCUGCACAGACUUGGCUUGGAAUUGAAGAGAAGGGUAGAAAUGAACCGUCAAACGGAUUUGUCCAAGAGGAGGAUAAUCCACAAGCUUUGGGAAACCCUGGGCCUGCCACCCAGCAUGAAUCCGACAGUAAGAGAGACCUUGACUCUUCUAAAAGCAUGGAGACCAAGGAGAAGCUCAUUGAGCUUCAGGCAUGGGAAGGGACAGCAGAAGACAACAAACCCUCAGAAAACCAACGAGCAUGUAUAGAAGGAGAAAAGCAGAGCCAUACUCCCCCUGCCGAUACUAUCUUGGAAAUGACAGCUCCUGUGGUCUCAUUUACUUCCUUUUCAUUGUCGCCAACCGAGGAAUAUCUGUGUUUGACGGACCAAGUACACACGAAGGGACCCCAAAGCGUUCGCCAGAUCCUGGACAGUAGCGGUGCACACUGCGGGCUCUGGUGGUCACAAGGCGGCGAAGGAUGGACUGAGGAUGACCUGCAUCUCGGACAUGAGAAGAAGCUGGAUCUGGUCGGUAUUUCUUCCCACGAAUCUUGCGAGCGUCCACUGCAAGGGCCGGGUAGUGUUCAAGGACCGAUUGCGCUCUGGGAUAGCGACAUGUUCCCUGCAGUUGGCCAGCAGAGCGGCUGGGUAAACGUAAUGGUGAUCGACCGAGAACCAGGUUACGAGAACAGCGUUUCAACUCGGUGCACUGUAGCCAUCAUUCAUAACAUGGCAUGGGAGCAGGCGAAACCUGCGCAAACGUUAGUCCGCAUUGCAUAG